CAGUUGCCGUAUCACAUUAAUUUCAAUCAACAAAAUACGUAAUCUGAAAUAUGUUAUAUUCAGCAUUAACAAAAUAAUUGCAUAAAGGCGUUUAAAGAAAACAUUAGCUGCUAUUUGCUAACGGAAAGUAAACAAGAAGAUUGUUAUAUUUAACAAUUGUGUCUAUGAGUCUGAUUGGGUUUAUGAUUUUUAUUUUUUGUAAGUGAAUAUCUGGUGAAUAUAUUUGUUUGACACAGUGGUCGGUUCUCUCUACUCUGUGGUAACCUUUUAUGCAUUUCUAUGAUGCAUUUUAACCAAAAAUUAAGAAUCCCACAUUCACAAAAAUUAGAAUUUAAAGCGAUUUAAAAAUGUGGUGAAGACGUAAAGGAAAUAUUUCUAUGUAUUUUUAUCUACAAAUGGUAAUUGUAGUUACUAGACAAUUCAUCACUCAUGUCUUCUCAUGAUAUUAUGAAAUUACGACUUUGUAAACUUAAAACCGAAUGAAGAUAAAAUAAAAUUGCAGUAGGUGUUAACAUUAAUAAUUUAUUAUUUACUUGGCCGUAAUUGGAUUCUUUACUUGCUGUUAGUUUGUAUCCUGUGCAGUAAUGAGCAAAUCAAGAACGAAGUUGCAUAAGUUGAAGAACAACUCUCUUGCAGAUGUAACCAUUAAUGACUUUGCUAAUUCGGUUAAACCUGUGUACAGGCCAAAGAAGUUAGUCAGUAAUGUGAUUUCUGUGCUUCACACAAUAGAAAAAGAGAAGUCAUGGGACGAAAAGGAAGAAUAUGACAGCAAUUUUGAUUUUAUUAGCCAGGAAAAUGAAGAUGGGACUUUCUCUUUGGUUGCAAAAGCAAGAACUAAUAGCACAAGCGAUAAUAAAAAUAUGAAAGAGAAUACAGGUCACGUUUAUCCUUUGGACUUAUGGUUUUUAUUGUCAGAAUAUAUUAGACCAGAAGAUAUAUCAGUUUUUGCAGCAGUUUGUAGACAUUCUUAUGAAGUUGUGAAAACAGUUGCCUUUUGGAGAAGACUUUAUGAUAGAUUUUGUAAAAAUGCUAAAAACUUACCUAAAGUUUAUCAGCCAGACAGCAUCAAUCGUGUUUAUGGACUAAAACCAACUGUGAUUCGAGCCCUUUAUUGUGUAUAUCCACCAUUUGUAUCAAGGUUAUUGUAUCUUAAUGGUAUUACAAAAAACGAUCCAAAUCUUUUGAAACAUAAGCAGUGCAUACUUCAGUGGCAUGAAAAGAAGAAAAAGGAUUGGUUUUACUACUUUAAAUUAAAGGACUUCAUAAAACCACCUCAUUGUAGUCAGGGAACUUAUAACCAUUUGAAUUUGAUUAAAGUGUUGGGUGAUAUAUCUGCUAAUCCAGAUGAAAAUUGUACUGUACUACAAGUAAGAAGUACCAAUUUUGUUGCAAUUCCAAUUGUGUUAGGACUGACCUUAACAUCAGUUAGUCAACCAUUAAGCAAGGGUUAUUGCCAUCACUCAUUGCAUUUAGGCUUUGGUUCUGCAAUCAGAAGUACUACUCACAAUCUUCAAACUGAAAAUACUUGUGUUAUAGAUCCAGUUAUUGAUUUAAAAAUUUUGAAUUGGUGGCAUCCUCUUUACCCCCAAAGUGGUAAAAUUCAAAUAAUGCCUUGUGAAGAAGAGUCAUGAUUGGUUCCAUGCUUUUUCUAAAUAAUAAAAAUUAGAUAUUGUUGUUUAAUGUAUUAUA